UGACUUCCAGCUGCUACUGGUCAAGACAAAAUGGUAGACUUGGUUUCUCUCAGAAUAUCGGAGAGAAAAUCGCCGUGAAGUUGUAAAAGCCAUCGAAAAUGUGUUAAUGUGAAAUCAAGAAUUAUGGCUGAAGGGUAUAAGCUUGCACCUAAAGCUUCAAAGUCGGAGGACAACCCUGACAACUAUGGAUCACUGCAGGAUGACACCACAGAUGGUCAUGAUGCUGAAAGGAUCAUUAUUAUAAACAAGCCACAAAUAAGACAAUAUUGUAAUAAUAAAAUCAGCACUGCCAAGUACAAUUUAAUCACAUUCCUGCCAAAGUUUUUACUAGAGCAAUUUAGUAGAUAUUCCAAUAUUUUCUUCUUAUUUAUAGCAUUACUUCAGCAAAUUGAUGGAGUAUCACCAACAGGUCGAUACACUACUGCUCUUCCUCUCUUAGCUGUUUUAUCUUGUUCUGCAAUUAAAGAAAUUAUUGAAGAUUAUAAACGACAUAAAGCUGAUGACUUGGUCAAUAAAAGAAAAGUAAAGGUGGUGCGAGAUGGCACAUUACAGUCACUACAGUGGGUUGAGGUUCAAGUUGGCGACAUAGUUAAAGUUGUAAAUGGACAUUUUUUCCCAGCUGAUUUGAUUCUGUUGUCCUCAAGUGAACCGAUGGGUAUGUGUUAUGUAGAGACUAGCAACCUUGAUGGUGAGACAAACCUCAAAAUACGACAGGCUCUACCAUUAACAGCUAAGAUGACAUCUCUAAUAGAUGUGCGGUGCAUGCAAGGCAGAGUAGAGUGUGAAGGUCCCAACAAUCGCCUCUACGACUUUGUGGGAAACAUUGCACUGACUGGAAAAAAGGCUGUGCCUUUAGGACCAGAUCAAGUAUUGCUAAGAGGUGCACAACUUAGAAACACUCAGUGGAUCUUUGGCCUAGCUGUCUACACAGGUCAUGAUUCCAAGCUUAUGCAGAAUUCAACUGCUGCUCCUAUUAAACGCUCCAAUGUAGACCAUACCACAAACAUUCAGAUCUUGUUUCUGUUUGGAUUACUCAUGGUCUUGGCAUUGUUUAGCACAAUUGGAUUCUAUGUCUGGACAGGUGACCAUGGUGAUACACACUGGUAUCUAGGAUAUAAAGAAUUGCCACCGCAGAACUAUGGUUUAACCUUCCUGACAUUCAUCAUUCUGUACAAUAACUUGAUUCCAAUUAGUCUUACAGUAACGCUUGAGGUUGUUAAGUUUAUGCAAGCCAUCUUCAUCAACAUGGACUUGGACAUGUAUCAUGUUGACUCAGAUACACCAGCAAUGGCCAGGACAUCCAACUUAAAUGAAGAACUUGGUCAGGUAAAGUAUAUUUUCUCAGACAAAACUGGGACUUUGACCAGAAAUGUUAUGGAGUUCAAGAAAUCAACGAUUGGAGGGAUAUCGUACAGUGCUGAGGAUCCUGCAUUGUUAGAUAACUUAAGAGAGCACCAUCCCACAGCAUCAGUAAUCAGAGAGUUCCUUACACUGUUGGCAGUAUGUCAUACUGUGGUCCCUGAAAGAGACCUAAACAACCCUGACAAAAUUAUCUACCAAGCUGCUUCUCCAGAUGAAGGUGCGCUGGUGAAAGGUGCAAAAAAACUUGGUUUCUCCUUUAAUGUUCGGACACCCACAUCUGUCAUCAUAAAUGCUAUGGGUAAGGAAGAAGUCUAUGAGAUCUUGAAUGUCUUGGAAUUCAAUAGUACUCGUAAAAGAAUGUCUGUUGUGGUCAGAACACCUGAAGGCAAAAUAAAACUGUACUGCAAGGGAGCAGAUACGGUGAUAUUUGAAAGACUGAGAGAAAACCAACUGUACCAUGAUAAAUCUGUAGAACACCUAGAGGAGUAUGCAAAAGAAGGUCUUCGUACACUUUGCAUUGCUAUGACUGAACUGGAACACGAUGAAUACACUGAAUGGAAUAAGAUUUACUAUGAAGCUAGCACAGCUCUAGACAAUAGAUCAGAGAAAGUGGAUGAAGCAGCUGAACUCAUAGAAAGGAACUUGUUUCUUCUUGGAGCAACAGCUAUUGAAGAUAAGCUUCAAGCGGGUGUCCCAGAAAGCAUUGCGGCUUUGGCUGAUGCUGAUAUAAAAAUCUGGGUGCUUACAGGCGAUAAGCAAGAAACUGCCAUUAAUAUUGGAUAUGCAUGUCGUCUGCUCACAGAUAAGAUGAAACUUCUUAUAUGUACUGAUGAAACCCUUGAUGGCACACGUGAAUGGCUAAAUGAGCAUCUUCGACAGAUGGGUCGAUAUGGCACUAAUGCAAGACCGCCAAAGAAUGAAGAGGAUUAUGCUCUGAUCAUCACAGGAAAGAACUUGCUGUAUGCUUUGACGGAUGAGCUCAAAUUGAGUUUUCUUGAUCUAGCCUUAGCUUGCAAAGCUGUCAUUUGUUGCAGAGUGUCUCCAUUACAAAAAUCUCAAGUUGUCAAACUAGUCAGGAAUCAUGUCAAGGAAUCAAUUACUCUUGCCAUUGGUGAUGGGGCUAAUGAUGUUGGUAUGAUACAGGCUGCCCAUGUAGGAGUAGGUAUCAGUGGGGCAGAAGGACUACAGGCUGCUAGUGCAUCUGACUAUGCUAUUGCACAGUUUCGUUACCUUAAUAAGUUGUUGUUUGUACAUGGUGCAUGGAGUUAUCAACGCCUAGCAAAACUAAUCCUCUACUCCUUUUACAAAAAUGUUUGUUUGUAUGUCAUUGAGCUUUGGUUUGCUUUAGAGAAUGGUUUUUCUGGUCAAAUUCUAUUUGACAAAUGGUGCAUUGGUAUCUACAAUGUUAUCUUCACAUCUGUGCCACCAUUAGCCAUCGGUCUGUUUGACCGCACUGUGUCAUCGGACAGUAUGCUACAGUACCCUAAACUAUACAAGACUUCACAGAAUGCUGAGAUUUACAACACACGGGUUUUCUGGAUGUGGAUCUUUACGUCGGUUUAUCAUUCCCUUCUUUUAUUCUACCUGCCUGCCCUCAUGUUGAAACAUGAGGUUCCAUACAAAUCUGGUUUGGUGACAGGCGAAUGGCAUCUUGGUAACGUAGUGUAUACGCUUGUUGUGAUUACUGUUUGCCUCAAGGCCGGUAUGGAGCUAGAUGCAUGGAAUUGGGUGUGUUAUGUAUCAAUCUUUGGAUCUAUCGCAAGUUGGUUUAUUUUCCUGUUAAUCUACUGUUUACCUGGCAUGGCUCUGUACAUCGCACCUGACAUGAUGGGACAGGAUCAAAUGCUAUACUCGUCGCCAGUAUUCUGGAUGUCGCUGUUUAUAGUUCCUGUGAUCACUCUACUAGCUGAUUACCUCUAUAAGAUUCUACGAAGAACUUUCAACAAGAGUUUAACCGAGCAAAUACAAGAGAUUGAAGUCAAGCAUGGAGAUCCAAGUUCACUUAUCAAGACACACCACGCCCGACAUGCGAAAAUCUGGAGUCGUGAUGAAAUGUUCGAGGAGAUGAAAGAUGCUGGUGCAUCGUCUCUUGGUUUUGCUUUCUCUCAAGAAGAGUCUGGUCGUGUUGGACAAGCUGAGCUUAUUCGAAGAUACGACACAACGCUAAAAAAGCCUCGUGGAGACUGACUACAAAUAUCCCUAGGGUAUAAAUCAAUGAGGGUAGCUUAUGUAUAGACUGGGUAAAUCAAUGUUUAAUAAUAGGGGUGGGUUGGGCUGUGGACAUGCCCCAAAAAUCGUGUCACAUUAGGACUUAACGUUGCGUCUUUGAAAAUUCUGCUAUUCAUCUCACCUGUGAAAGUGUACUGAUAUUUAUUAUGGGUUUUGUGCAUUUUAAGUGUGGUUCUUAUAUGGGGUUAACAGGAAAGUUAAAUAUAAAGACAUUCUAUUUUUCUUUCUUGGACGACUUUCACAACCCGUGAAACAUCAACUUACAAAAGAGCUGAGUUAAAACAGUAAAAGUGAUAAAAAAACUUCAAGGUAUUAACUAUUCUAGAACGUAUUUUUAUACGGCUUUUCAGUUGUGUUUCUUUGCCCUUUUGUGUUUAUUGGUAACGUAGCUCCGUAACGUAGAUCAGUAACGUAGAUCGGUAACUUAGAUGUGUACAAGUAUACUAUCGACUCGAAAAAGCAACCAAGUUAUUUUAUUGAGUUUAUUUAUGUUCAUUCCAGAAUAUUUCGAAAUUCAGCUGAUAAGGAAGUGAGAGUUUAUUUUUGAGGUUCACG